AUGCCUAUCAUGAAGGCGCUCGUUUCGAACCGCAGCAUCGUUACACGACUCGUCAACGCCACUCGCAGCAAGGCCAUCGGUGGCCAGGGCGGUCGUGUCCAAGACGAUGUACCCAUUCCCUCCAUCUCCUCUAACGAAAUCCUCGUCAAAGUCAAAGCUGUAGCCCUCAACCCUACCGACUUUAAGCAUCUCGACAUUAUUUCUCCACCCAACUCGAUCAUCGGAUGCGAUUACGCAGGUGUCGUCCAUCAAGUGGGUGAUUCCGCCAAGGACAAAUGGAAAAUCGGUGAUCGUGUUGCCGGCGCUGUGCAUGGAGGCUUGUACCCUGAUAAGGGCGCCUUCGCAGAGUAUUUGAAGAUAGAUUCAGAUCUGGCCUUUAAAGUCCCAGAUGGAAUAAGCGAUACUCAGGCAACUACAUAUGGUGUCUCUGCUGUGACAGCCAUGCUGGUCCUCAAUGUCCAUCACGGGCUUCCCUUCCUCGACACGAAGCCUAUGUCUCCCAAGGAUGAAUACAUCUUUAUUUAUGCCGGAUCAACCAGUGCAGGCCUAUACCAUAUCCAACUGGCAAAAGCAGCUGGAUACACGGUCGUCACAACUGCAUCGCCGCGUUCAUCCCAGCUAGUGAAGCAGUACGGCGCCGAUGCAGUCUUUGACUAUAACUCCCCCUCCGUGGCUGAAGAUAUCAUUAAGGAUUAUCCCAAGAUAACAAAAGCGGUGGAUUGUUUCUCUGAGGGCAAGUCAACGUCCAUCUGCGCCGCGGUUCUCAAGCCCAGUGGAGGGAAGGUGGUUACGCUAUUACCCAACGGCAAAUCUAGCACUCCAGGCGUGACUUACGACCUUGUCAUGUCGUAUACAGCAAUGGGGCAUGCGUUCCAGUGGCUACCACCAAUUGGACCCAAGUUUGAAGCCAGGCCACAGGAUCGAGCGGCCCUUGUUCGCUUUUAUGAGACUCUACCACGAAUUACUCACAUCUUGAAACCUAUUCCCACUAUUGAGCUGAAGAGCGGCUUUGAUGGUAUACUUGAGGGGUUGGAUAAAUUGCGGGCGGGCCUGGUAGCGGGAGGCAAGCAGGUUGUCCGAUUCAAUGCAUGA